UUCUACCUAAAAAUAACUCGCAUCCGUAUAAAUGACAAAAAUAGUCUUAAAGGGCAUAAAUGGCUUUUACCAAGGAUUUUUUGCAUUGGACCCGACCCGGACCAAUUAUAGACGCGUAGCUUGAAUCCGAUCCAACUGAAGUUUACCGGGCCACCCAUUUACCACCCGUAUGAAUCCGAUGCCCAUGGAAUCGAGCCACCGUAGCCGAGCCGGGUAAAACCCUGAAAGAGAAAAUCAGAAAACAAACGAAAACGAAAAGACGAAAGAAGAGAAGGUAUGCAAAAAUUUGAACUUGAAGGAGUUGAAUUGGUAGGCCACGUUUGGAGUCAAAUUGUUGCAUCACUCACCAACUGUUUGAUGCAAAGCCAGAGAUAAACUGAAACAACAUUGUAUAAAUUGUAAUUGCAAAGGGUUGCCGGAAGAGGGGGAGGAAAGCCUGAUUAUGUGAUAAAAUAAGAAGUAAAUGGUAAAGAAAUGGGAGUCUUGAAGAGGAGAGCAUUCUCUAUAUGGCAGCCAUUUCGUCGGAGCUGCACUGCGCUUUUCACCACGAAACCUCAGUCAACUGUUUCUUCACUGCGAGCCCCUUGCUCAGUAACAGAAUCCCAGAAGAAGGAGGCAUUCCGACAAGCUGUCCUUAACACCCUUGAGCGCCGUCUCUUUUACAUCCCUUCCUACAAAAUCUAUGGUGGCAUUGCUGGACUUUACGACUAUGGGCCUCCUGGUUGCGCCAUAAAAGCCAACGUCCUUGCUUUCUGGCGUCAGCAUUUUGUCCUCGAAGAAAACAUGUUAGAAGUUGAUUGUCCCUGUGUUACACCAGAAAUUGUCCUGAAGGCAUCGGGCCAUGUUGAUAAGUUCACUGACCUUAUGGUUAAUGAUGAAAAGAGUGGAACUUGUUACCGAGCAGAUCACUUACUCAAGGAUUAUUGCACAGACAAGCUUCAGAAAGACCCUAACCUUAGUGCAGAGAAGGCAGCUAAUCUGAGACAUGUUCUUGCUGUUCUGGAUGACCUAUCUGUAGAGGAGGUUGCUGCCAAGAUCAAGGAAUAUGGCAUUACUGCUCCAGAUACAAAGAACAAUCUCUCCAAUCCGUAUCCUUUCAAUCUAAUGUUUCAGACAUCAAUUGGGCCAUCUGGAUCAAGCCCCGGGUACAUGCGUCCUGAGACUGCUCAAGGCAUUUUUGUGAAUUUUAAGGAGUUAUAUUACUAUAAUGGCAACAAGCUUCCUUUUGCAGCUGCACAGAUUGGCCAAGCUUUCCGGAAUGAGAUAUCUCCACGGCAAGGUCUUUUAAGGGUCCGUGAAUUUACGCUAGCUGAGAUUGAACAUUUUUUGGAUCCUGAGGACAAGUCACACCCUAAAUUUUCUGAAAUUUCAAAUUUGGAAAUUUUCAUGUUCCCAAGGGAAGACCAGGUGUCUGGACGAUCAGCAAGGAUCAUAACUAUUGGCCAAGCAGUUUCUCAGGGGAUUGUCAAUAACGAAUCACUUGGUUAUUUCAUUGGGAGAGUAUACUUGUUUUUAACCCAUCUUGGGAUUCAUAAAGACCGUCUACGUUUCCGCCAACAUCUAGCAAAUGAGAUGGCACACUAUGCUGCAGACUGUUGGGAUGCUGAAAUUGAAUGCUCUUAUGGUUGGAUUGAGUGUGUUGGUAUUGCCGAUAGAUCAGCAUAUGAUUUGCGAGCUCAUGCGGAUAAAAGUGGUAUGCCCCUGGUGGCAUAUGAGAAGUAUCCAGAACCUAGAGAAGUGGAGAAACUUGUAAUAGUCCCAUCUAAGAAACAGCUGGGUCUUGCUUUCAAGGGCAACCAGAAGAUGGUGGCUGAAGCAUUGGAGGCUAUGGGGGAAAAGGAAGCUAUGGAGUUGAAAGCAACUUUGGAAGCUGAGGGAGAGGCAAAGUUCCGCAUUUGCACUAUUGACAAAGAAGUGAUCAUAAAGAAAGAUAUGUUAUCGAUCUCCAAAGAGAAGAAAAAGGAACAUCAAAGGCUUUUCACACCGUCAGUAAUUGAACCAUCAUUUGGCAUUGGAAGGAUAAUAUACUGUCUCUAUGAACAUUCAUUUUAUACAAGGGCUAGUAAAGAUGGAGAUGAACAAUUGAACAUCUUCCGUUUCCCUCCACUGGUAGCUCCAAUAAAGUGUACAGUAUUUCCUCUUGUUCAGAAUCAACAAUACAAGGAAGUUGCCAAAAGGAUUGCCAAGUCAUUAACCACUGUUGGGAUUUCCCACAAGAUUGACAUAACAGGUACCUCAAUAGGAAAGAGAUAUGCAAGAACUGAUGAACUCGGAGUUCCUUUUGCCAUUACAGUUGAUUCUGCAUCCUCAGUUACUCUCCGAGAAAGAGAUAGCAAGCAGCAAAUUCGUGUUAAUGUGGAUGAGGUGGCAUCUGUGAUUAAAGAGUUAACUGAUGGUGUGAGCAAAUGGCCCAACAUAUUGUUGAGAUACCCUAUUCAUUCAUCUCGACCAGCAGUAACUGGAGUUUAGAUUGGCUUACCACACAAUUCCUGUCAAACGACGUCAUUUUGAGCCUCUUUUAUGUAUUGAAUAGCAGCAGCCUGACAAGAAUGCCGCGCCUUCUUUGUGAAGAUUUCCUCUAUAAUAUAAUUUCUGUUAAACUAUUAAGUUACUUGGGUUCCUUGUUGAGUACACUACUUCUCUUGUGGCAAUUCCACAGAACUCUGCCAUUGAGGUAGCUAAUGACAACUGCCUACUGAAGAUAGUGAUGACGUCAGAUGAACUCUUGGAAUCACAAUCCUCUCUGAACUAAGAAGAGUAUGUAUUCUUUCUGACACAAUUUGAAUUUUACUGCAAUUUUCAGACCAUUUUGAAAUAUUUCUAAGGAUGCGCUCAACAAGCCGAGCAAAUGCUGAAUUGUUCGAAUCUUAUCUUGGUUAGUAAUGUCUCCUUGAAGUGUCUUUCUUUCC